AUGUCGAGCCACAAGAAAACUGCUAUCCUUUCCGUUUACGAUAAAACCGGACUGUUGGAUUUGGCCAAGGGACUUUCCGAAAACAAUGUUCGGAUUUUAGCGUCGGGAGGUACUGCACGCAUGGUGCGUGAAGCUGGUUUCCCCGUGGAAGACGUUUCUUCUAUAACACAUGCGCCUGAAAUGUUGGGUGGAAGAGUGAAGACGCUUCAUCCUGCAAUCCACGGUGGUAUUUUGGCACGGAACUUGGAUUCCGACGAAAAGGACUUGAAAGAACAAAAUAUCGAGAAAGUGGACUUUGUUGUGUGCAAUUUGUAUCCUUUCAAGGAGACUGUAGCGAAAGUUGGUGUUUCGAUUCCAGAAGCCGUCGAAGAAAUCGAUAUUGGCGGUGUGACGCUUUUGAGAGCUGCUGCGAAAAACCAUUCUCGAGUUGCCAUUUUGUCUGACCCUAACGAUUAUGCUCAAUUCUUACAAGAAUUUUCCAAGGGCGAAAUUUCCCAAGAAUUGAGAAACAGGCUCGCUUUGAAGGCCUUCGAGCACACGGCCGACUACGACGCGGCUAUUUCGGAUUUUUUCAGAAAGCAGUACUCCGAGGGUAAAGCUCAAUUGCCACUUCGUUACGGCGCAAACCCACACCAAAAGCCUGCCCAGGCCUUUGUCACACAUCAGGAAGAGCUACCGUUCAAGGUGCUUUGCGGCUCGCCCGGCUACAUCAACCUGUUGGACGCUUUGAACUCGUGGCCACUUGUCAAAGAGCUUUCUGCUUCUUUGAACUUGCCUGCUGCUGCCUCGUUCAAGCAUGUUUCUCCUGCCGGUGCUGCUGUUGGUCUUCCAUUAAGCGACGUUGAGAAGAAAAUAUACUUCGUUUCCGACAUCGAGAACUUGUCACCUCUGGCCUGUGCCUAUGCUCGUGCCCGUGGGGCCGACAGAAUGUCCUCUUUCGGUGACUUUAUCGCGCUUUCCAACAUCGUUGAUGUGCCAACCGCAAAGAUCAUUUCUAGAGAAGUCUCUGACGGUGUGAUCGCUCCUGGGUUUGAGCCAGAGGCGCUUGAGAUUCUUUCUAAAAAGAAGGGUGGAAAGUAUUGCAUUUUGCAAAUCGACCCUAACUAUUCUCCUGACGCUUCGGAAACUAGAGACGUUUAUGGGGUUAAACUGCAACAAAAGAGAAAUGAUGCCAUCAUUAACAAGUCUUCUUUCAAGGAAAUUGUUUCCGUAAACAAGAAUCUGUCUGAGCAGGCUGUAAUCGACUUGACCGUUGCUACAAUUGCGUUAAAAUACACGCAAUCCAACUCUGUGUGCUACGCCAAAAACGGCAUGGUCAUUGGCCUAGGUGCUGGUCAACAGUCCAGAAUUCACUGCACCAGAUUGGCAGGUGACAAAGCCGACAACUGGUGGUUGAGACAACACCCAAGAGUACUUGGAUUCAAAUGGGCUAGGGGUGUCAAGAGACCUGAAAAAUCCAACGCUAUCGACUUGUACGUCACGGGCCAAAUUCCAACAGAAGAACCUGAAAAGUCCGAAUACGAGUCUAAAUUUGAAGAGAUUCCAACUCCUUUGACUGCAGAAGAGAAGAAACAAUGGAUGUCCAAAUUGACCAAUGUGGCUUUGUCCUCGGACGCUUUCUUCCCCUUCCCAGAUAACGUCUACAGAGCGGUGAGAUCAGGUGUCAAAUACAUUGCCGCUCCUUCCGGUUCCGUGAUGGACAAGGCCGUCUUUGCAGCUGCAGACUCCUUCAAGCUUGUCUACGUUGAAAACCCAAUCCGUCUGUUCCACCAUUGA